AUGGCAGCAGCGGAGCUACUCUGUUCGAUAUGCCGCGGCGUCGACUGGACAAGCGCCGGCCUGCCCCGAGUCUCGCCCGCGACGACCAACGCGUCGCCAGGUCUGGUCUUGUUCAACACCAGCGCCCAGGUGCGAGGCCUGGACGGCAUAGUGGCACCCACCGCCGACGCGCGACCCGUGGAGUCGGCCCUGGUCCUCGUGUCCCUCGGGACUGUGAGAGAGCUCCAGCACCGGAGUUCGAGCUGUCGCUGUUGCGCCUUCUGCUUCGAACUCCUGGAGAGGCGGUUCGCGGCCGCCGAUAUCGACAGGGCCCGUCGCGAGCUCGUCCCCGUCCAUGUCUACACUCGCAAGUUUGGCGUCGUGGUGGGGGGGCAUGAUCAUGAUCAUUACGAUGGUGGGAGAGAAGGAGAAGGAAAAGAAAGCAGCAGUAGCUACGACACGACUCACUUGAUGUGCUUCAAUCUGUCGUUCCAUCCGGAUUUCCGCCACGGCGAGACCGCGUCCUUUGGCCUGUUGGACACUCGCCAACAGCAGGCAUCACCACGCUCGAACACCGCUGUACCAUCCUUCGUCGGCCGCUGGGUGUCCCCACGCUUUGACCCCGAGCACGCCAGGCACUGGCUGGAGACUUGCGAGCGGCAGCACACCUCGACGACGGGGCGGCAGCGCGAAGCCGAGAGUUUCCUCUCGCGCAGCGGCAAGACGACGGAGCUGCGCGUGGUGGAGAUUGCUACGCGACGGAUCGUGACGCUCCGCCUCGAAGACAUCGAGGGCGGCUACGCCGCGCUGAGCUACGUCUGGGGCGUGACGGAGCAGGCGGUGCGGCUGACGACGGCGAACCUGGACGCCUUCUCGAGGCCGGGCGGCGUGCCCAAACUCUCCCAGACGGUCGAGGACGCGAUGCAGGUGGCGCGCAGCGUGGGGAUCGCGUACUUUUGGGCCGACGUCGUCUCCAUCCUCCAGGACGACGAGGACGACAAGGCCCAGAACAUCGCCGACAUGGACGUCAUCUACACGUACUCGCGCCUCACUGUUGCCGCCGUGGCGGGCACAAACUGCCACGAGGGCCUCCCGGGAGUCAGCUACGACAGGGUCCCUUUGCUUCACACGACCUUUUCCGCUACGCAACACCCUGCUGGUGGCGGCGGGAGCGGCGGUGGCAGUACCGGCCUGGUCGAGAUACCCCACCAGCCCGAACGUCCCGUCGAGUCGCUCUACGUGAGCCGCGGAUGGCCCAGCCGCGCCUGGACGCUACAGGAGUUCCUGCUGUCGAGGCAGACGCUGCUCUUCUGCGAACAGCAGGUCAUCUGGGUGUGUCGGACGGCCGACUGGGCCGAGGGCCUGGACGUGACGGGCGAGAAGUUCCGGUUUGCAAAGUACGACGGGUUGAACAGGCCUCGACUGGAGUCUGCCAUUUUCGCGGAAGAGCCGAGAAGCGGUAGCAACAGCUACAACGACGACGACGACGACAACGACGAUACCGACGUCGAAUUUGCUAGUGCUCAACACCCCAAGCCCGACCCGACCGACCUCGCAGACGCCGCGGCCUUGAUCGAGUGCUACACGCGACGACAGCUCUCGUACGAGAGCGACAUCAAGAACGCGCUCGAGGGACUAAUGUGGUACAUUUCGUCCAUGUCGACCACGACGGUGUUCCACUGGGGUCUACCAGAACCAAAUUUCGAGGGGUUUCUCUGCUGGAGCAGCGUCCGUGGCGGGUCUCGACUGGCCACGAGUAGUCGCGGGAAGACGACAACGACCAUGACACACGCGAUCAAGCGCCGCCUCGCCUUCCCCGACGCGCCCUCAUGGUCCUGGAUGGCCUGGCUCGGCCCAGUCCGGUUCCCGCAGUUUGCGACGCGCUCGGCUCAAGGGAAGGGGUGGCGGUCUCUGGUCAAAUGCUUCAAGUAUCCGACCUACCUGCACCGGCAGGGCCGGGAGUGGAAUGACAUUCUUAGUGGGUACGAUGCCGAGGACACGGUCCUGGCCCGCCCUUUUGACAUGUGGCAGCAUCAGCAGCAAUCAGAUGGCCAUGGCUACCUCCCGCUGAAAAGCGAAUCCGCAAGCAUCGUCUUCUGGGGACCCUGCACGACGGUGCUUCUGGACGAGAAGUCUCUUGACAUUCACCCCGAACGGCUCGCAUCGAGCGUCGUCGUCGUCGUCGUCCCUCUCUCGAGAAGCAAGGAAAAGAAGAAGAAGAAGAAUAAGAAGAGGCUGCGAGUCCAGAACCUGUGCAUCUCCGAGGAUGUCGCGCAGGGGAUUUUCGCUGAUGCGGGCGCUUCUCCCACUCCGGGAUCUGUAUCGGUAACCCUCGCUGCGGUGGCCAUGGAAGGCUCCAAUUUGCCUCGCGGUGCCGGGGAGAUAUUUCUGUCGGAUGGUGGUUCUCGACAGCACAGCGAGGAAGAAGAGGUCGAGGCAGAGGAUGGAGACGGGGACGGAGAACAAGACGAAGAAAACCAACCCUCACCAGCCGUGGUCUUUGACAUCUGGGACCGCACGGUGCAUUGCUUGGUCCUUUCUCGUCGUCCCGAGGGUGAAGAAGAAGGAGAAGAUGGCCAUUUCUACCGCGAGGGUGUCCUCUCAAUGAACCUCGACGACUGGCUUGGGCUUGAAAAGGAGGUGAAUCUCGUCGUCUUGGACUGA